GGCAUGACGAAGCUGCAGGUCUACGUGGACUACCAGCUGGCUCAAUUUGACCACGCGGGGUUUACGAUCGGGCAGCUGUUCAAAAACAUCAAGGCGGCGGCCAUCAAGCUGGGCAUCAAGGACGACAGGGCGCACAUGGCUGUACUCAGGGAGAACGGAAGGCAUCUCUUCUACGACCCGCUGAAGGGGUGGAUCCUCCGCGCUUCGGAGUCGGACGAGGAGUUGGAGGCCAAGGAGAUGAAGGACUCCGAGGUCGUGGAGUCUGGCAGCGGGAUGCUGGCUUCGGAGGGCCCCGAGAAGAUGAAGUACAAGGCCAAAAACCUGGAGAUGCAAGCGGCGCUCAAAACUUCGCUCGAGAUCGGCCGGGAAACCUCCGAGGCCGUGAACGUCGGCUACGGGAAGCUGGAGUUGAGCG